GUCUCGAGGUGAUUACACGCACUCCUCUGUUCAAUGGCCUUGGCCCUCCGUAUUCUCCAGCUGCGAAAGCAGGGCUGGACAAUUUGAAGUGGCUCGUUAUUCAAGGAUAUUGGUGCCAUUUACGGGCCAAGAGGGUGGCCUGAUCGGCUGUAGAGGUCGGCUUCGACAGAUCCACCUCGCCGUCCCCGCUGACCUGUGACCAGCGACGCAGGCCGACCUCGGUCGGCUGAAGAGCCUGCAGCCAUGACCUUCCUGCGGGGAUCGACCAACUACGUCUGGUGCACCACCAGUGUGCUCGGCAAAGGUGCCACCGGUGCUGUCUUCCAAGGAGUCAACAAGCAAAAUGGCGAGCCGGUAGCCGUGAAGACCUUCAAUCAGCUGAGCCACAUGCGACCUCACGAGGUGCAGAUGCGCGAGUUCGACGUGCUGAAGAAGGUCAACCACAAGAACAUCGUCAAACUUCUGGCGAUAGAGGAGGAGCAAGAGGGCCGCGGGAAGGUGAUCGUGAUGGAGUUGUGCACUGGUGGCAGCCUGUUCAACAUGCUGGACGACCCGGAGAACGCAUAUGGGCUGGAUGAGAAGGAGUUCUUCUUGGUCCUGAGACAUCUUUCGGACGGCAUGAAACACUUGCGCGACCUGAACCUGGUGCACCGGGACCUGAAGCCGGGCAACAUCAUGAAGUACAUCGACGUGGACGGCUCCACCAUCUACAAGCUGACCGACUUCGGCGCUGCGCGGGAGCUGGACGACGACCAGCAGUUCAUGUCCCUGUACGGCACCGAGGAGUACCUGCACCCGGACAUGUACGAGCGCGCCGUGCUCAGGAAGUCGGCUGGCAAGACCUUCCGCGCCACCGUCGACCUGUGGUCGAUCGGCGUCACCCUGUUCCACGUGGCCACAGGACAGCUGCCCUUCCGGCCGUACGGCGGCAGGAAGAACAAGGAGACCAUGCACGUUAUCACCACGAAGAAGAAGCCCGGCAUCAUAUCUGGCAUUCAGACCACGGAAGGCGGUGAAAUCGAGUGGGGCGAGAAGCUGCCAGACACCUGUCAGCUGUCUCUCGGCGCCAAGGAGCUGGUGACGCCGCUGCUGGCCGGCCUGCUGGAGGUGGAUCCACACGUCAUGUGGAACUUCGACCGCUUCUUCAACGAGGUGACGGCCAUGACGUCCCGCCGCUGCGUGCCCGUGUUCCACGUGAACCAGCUGCAGCACCUGCGGCUGUACCUGACGACGGACGCCAGCUACGAAGCGCUGCAGUCGGCGGUGGCCAGCCAGACGAGCAUAGCGGCCACCAGCCAGAUCCUGCUGCUGGACGGCCAGCCGCUGCUGGAGGCGGUGGCUACCGACACGCCUGUGUCGGAGUACCCGGCCAUCGCCGCCGACCAGCCGCUCGUGCUGUUCGACAAGGAGAACAAUGACGUCACGCCGUGCCGCGUGGUGCCGCUGCCGAAAUUCCCGACGAUACCCCAGACACUGAGCGUGGAGAACGACGCCAUCCUGGCCAAGAUGGCGUGCAGCGUGGGUUACGAGUUCAAGCGGCGCGUCACCUCGUACAGCAUGUCCUGCGCGCUGAUGGAGCACGCCGUCAGGAUGCUCACCCUGGUGCUGAAGACAGAGCUGACGCGGCUGAAGGAGAGCCUGGAGGCGAGCCAGCAGCUGAGCGCCACGCUGGGCCGCCAGUGGUCGCUGCUGGCCGUGUCGCAGCGCACCAGCGCGGCGCUGCUGCGCCAGCUGGAGCCGGCCCAGCGCGCCACCGCGCAGGCGCUGGCCGAGCUGGCCGAGCCCGUCAGGAGCCUCGAGGAGAUGCUCAAGACGGUGGCGGAGCGGGAGCGCAGUCUCUCGGAGACCAACAUCCCGGAGCUGCACCGGCGCAUCGUCAGCGAGACGUGCCUGCUGGUGGACUGGCGCGGCCGCGUGGCGCACCUGCCCGCGCUGAAGACGGCCGCCGCGCGCGCCGCCACCUACACGGCCAAGCUGCGCGACAGCUGGCAGCACCUGCUGCGCGACCGCACGGCACGCGCUCUAACGUACAACGAUGAGCAGUUCCACCACCUGGAGAAGAUCAAGCUGAUGGGCACGAGCAAGUCGUUGCAGGCGCUGCUGGACGGCGAGGUCAUGCCCACCCGCAGCUCCAUGGCUGAGCUGCUCUCCGACUGGUACAAGACGGCGCAGACCAAGUACAUCAAGAAGGAGAUCGCGUCGACGGACCUGGUGCAGCUGGAGGGCCGGCUGGACGAGCUGGCGGCGCGGCUGGGCGAGGUGCAGCAGCGGUACGCCGACUGCGUGAGGCCCAUCAGCGGCGACGGCCCGGCCCGGCCCGCCUCCGUCCGACGCUCGGGCAACGUGCAGAAGGAGGCCGGCCGCCACCUCGUCACCGGACUCGGCGACCUGGAGGUGGCACAGGCCGACGUCUGGCUGGCGCUGCAGGAGAACGAGACACUGGUGGGCCAGCUGCAAAACCUGGUCGGCUGGGUGGUGCAGUCAUCACUGCCGCCGCAGGACGUCAUCGGUGAGCAGUGAGACGCCCGCUCUGACCGCUGCACCGGCGGAGAGACGACGGCAGGGAGCCAACGCCCGGAUCCCGGUGCUCUGCACGGGCUGGUCACGACCGGCAGCGCGCGCCGGGCGCCGGCAGCGCCUGGGACUGCCGCGGGACAGGGUGUGGUCUGACCAACCUCGUGUCCGCGGUGAUACACCAGAUCCCGCGUGUCCCAGCCUGAGCGGCGGGCACGUCGGGUCGCGUGUUAUUUUUAUAAUGCUUCGCUGGUCCGGUGCCUUCGAUGCCAAGUGUUCGUUGAAGAUUUGCGAGAUUCAGCGUUAUCUUCACCGCCGGGGGAAGAGAGCGCUGCUGGUGCGCAUCCGGUCCAUUGUGUCACUCCGACUCAUCUGCGGUCCGAUCAGAUUCAUCAGCAACUCGACCUCCCGCAUCGGCGAUCAUCCGCCACCGUGGCAACGAUUUAGAGGUGUUUGCGCGUUGGACUACUCCCCACGUACCUCUCGCGUUUAGCCGUCUCGGAGUUAUUGGCUGCCGUAGCGUCUAGAUUUCCCAGGACUCUUACAUCUGCGUGGCCGUGCGGCCGGGUCGCCGGCUUCGUUUGCAGGCAAGGGCCGGCGCCGGCCGGUGUACUGUGUUGGCCACAUUCCCUAGGCUUGGACCGCCAUCGAUGGUCGCGGCCGUCCCGCGCGGGAACCUGACCGGAGCUGCUCUGUCAACUGCUCUUCCGCGCGGGAAUCGAACCGGAGCUGCUGUGUUCGCUGUUGUCCCGCGCGAGAACCUGACCGGAAUUGCUCUGUUCGCGGCCGUCCCGCGCGGGAAUCGGACCGGAGCUCUCUGGUCCGAAAGAGGAUGCUCUGUUUGCGGUGACGUCUUUUCCUGGGAUGCUUUGGUAUCUAUUUUCUCACGGCGUCCUGUCCCGCAUCGGAGGUAUGGCGUCCAUUCUUCCACCAUGUACCUGUGCUCUUGUGGCGGUCGCUGAUCAGACGUGUUAAGAGUUUGUGAAUGAUUGAGCAAUUACUCCGGUGCCCGUGCGAUGUGAUGUUUGAUUGUUUUAAUAAGUAUGCAUUUGUUAUAUGCAUUGCACAUUAUACAAUACCAAAGAUCGCAAAGAGUUCGAUGUGUGUGCAUUUCCGAAGUAGAUAUUAUCGAAC